UUGGUAGUACUAUUCUCAUUUUGCAGAUGAGUCCACUGACUGUCAGGAAGGUUAAGUCACUUUCCCAAGAACACACAGCUUGUUUAAGCAGGGGAAGGCCUGGAUGUCACAGCUCUUUCAAAGUUCUUUCCACCGCAGUGCCUUGACAUGAAAGAGUAUACACCCUUCUCUUUUCUCUUCCUUACUUACUAUUCCCCGUCUAGCUUAAAUGAACAUCCUUGUUGAAGAACCACAGCCAAACCAGUCUUGCCACUGGGGCCAGAAGAAUCCAUCCCCCCCACUGCAGUGGGAACAGACAGGCAGCUUCAGCAAGGGAGGAGAGAAUCCCCCAAAGCUGGAGCUGCAGGACGGACUGUUCGGCCUGACCUACCCAGUCAAGGCCCCUACUUCUCCUCGCUAGCUAGGUGUCAGGUGCCACUCGCAGGGAUAGGGAUCCGGGGUCAGAGAGCCCUUCUUCCUCAGCCCAGACAGCCUGGCUGGCACCACCGCAGUGUUGGAGUAGGAUCCCAGCUCCAAAACCACUCCCACCAGGGUCCAGAGCUGGAAGACCAGGGGGAAAGGCUCUGCUGACUCCCCAGAAGUCUCGAGCAAGACCUGACACCCACUCCUCACCACUGUGUCAGCCUGGGCGUCCUGUGGGCUCCGGCGGCGGCGCAGCCCGCGCUGCUGCUGGAGCGCCUUUGCACGCCGCUGCCGCCCAGCGCCCGGACCCAGAGCAGCCCGCGGGCGGCGGGACCCUGGAGGAGUGCAGCCCUCUGAGCCCCGAGAGCCUCAGCCUCGAGGUUGAGAGACGGGCAGUCGGAGAACCUCUUGGGAGCUGCUGUCAGUCGGGUUGGAUCACCUAGAUUUGUGAUUCGAUAAAGAUCCAGGUCCCCGAGGGAUAUCUCCAGCUAGCAUCUCUGGCCCUCGGACGGUGAACUCGGAGUCCAGGCUGCCCCGUGGGCAAACCGACUGGAGUUCCGUUCUCCGGCCCCGCGACAGCCUCGCACCCCCCGGCCCUCCCCAAGCACGGAGGCCUUUGCAGCCGUCCGGCUCAGCCCUCCUGGGCAGCGGCGGAACGGACUCCAGCUGCUCCAACCGCCCCGACUGGGCUCUGGGCGACCUCGUCUGCCCGGGUGGCUCUCCCUGGGGUCUGAACCCCUCGCGCCCCCGCGCGUCCUUCUUUGUUUCUGAGCUUGCUCUGAAAGUGAUGUAACGAGGCCAGACUCGCGCGCCGUUUUCCCUCUUUUCGCAGACUAAGUCCUUCCUCCCUCCAGCACCCGAUGCUCUGCGCGCAGAGUCGGGCGCUGGGCUGUGCUGUCACUCCAUUCCCAGAGCUCUGGAGACCGACGGGCACUGUUGGGAGAGACGCACUCUCACGUCCCACCUCCUGGAUGCAGAGUCAGUGGGGAAAGCUAGGCUUUCCUUCCAGAAACAAGGGAGAGAGCCGAGGGGACAGCUGUUGUGGAGGUUUCUAAGGAGACUCAGACUGGCUUCUUUCCCUGCUCCUGGGAGACGGCAGGAAACCUCAGAAGGGAGGACCGCUGCUCCCUAGCCAGCAAGCAGCCCCCAACCUGGAUGGAGUGAAAGAUGCGGCCUGAUGACAUUAACCCAAGGACUGGGCUAGUGGUAGCCCUGGUCAGUGUCUUUCUGGUCUUUGGCUUCAUGUUCACCGUCUCUGGGAUGAAAGGAGAGACUCUGGGAAACAUACCCCUCCUGGCCAUCGGGCCAGCCAUCUGCCUGCCAGGCAUUGCAGCCAUUGCCCUGGCCAGGAAAACUGAGGGAUGCACUAAGUGGCCGGAAAAUGAGCUGCUGUGGGCCCGCAAGUUGCCCUGCUUCCGGAAACCCAGGGACAAGGAGGUGGUGGAACUGCUGAGGACCCCUUCAGACCUGGAGUCAGGCAAGGGAAGCUCAGAUGAGCUGGCUAAGAAGGUGGGCCUCAGAGGAAAGCCUCCCCGCCAGGGGCAGACCGAGGUGCCUGUGGCCAGUUCCAUCACCACCCCCACACCCACGGAAGAAGGAGAAUGCCAGAGCCUGGUCCACAGUGGGCAUCAGGAAGAGACAUCCAGAUACCUGGACGGCUACUGUCCCUCAGGCAGUUCCUUAGCCUACAGUGCCUUGGAUGCCAAAUGCUCAGCCUGGGACAGAUCUGAGUGCCCUGAGCCUGAGGACAGCAUCUUCUUUGUGCCCCAGGACAGUAUCAUCGUUUGCUCCUACAAGCAGAACAGUCCCUAUGACAGAUACUGUUGUUACAUCAAUCAGAGUCAAGGCAGGUGGGACCACGAGACAAUAGUCUGAGCUUUGCAUACAAGAGUCGCUUUGUUGAUAGAAACGUGGCUACACUCAGCUUCCAGGGGAAGGAAACUGCCCUGUUCCAACAGCCUUCACAGUUAGAAAUUGACUUGGUAUGUGAUGGAUAUGCAAACCUGGGGUUCCGGAGAGCCAUGUAAAUAGGCAUGUUGGGGACAUAUUUUAGGGAAGGGUGAUAAGGGUUAAGGACACUGGAAGAGGCAUCUGGUAGGAGAGGAAGCAAUUCCAGUUGCUUUUUAACAACUAAAUCAUGCUGGAUGUUUUGUAAACAUCCAGAAAGUGGAUGUUUCUGGUAACCCAGAAAGUGCUACCCAGCACCUGCUAAAAGGAAGAAAAAUCUAGAGUGGGCUGCAGAUAUCAGCCAUGAAACGAUACACGGGCUUGCCAUAGGGAAACUGAGCUGCUUUCAGUCUGAAUAAAUUGAAAGACAAAACAAUUUAGUGCUUCAUUAUAUGAAAUGAUUUUUCUCUGGUGAAAGCUCUUCACACUUAAUAUUUAUUUGCUGAAGGAAAAAAAGUCAAGAUAGAAAAGCUACAUCCCUCUUUAGGUGGGGUGGAUUUUGGAGAAAGGGGAGUUAAAAACAGUUGAAUUAUGUAAUUGAGUUUUAUGACAUUAUCCUCUGACAAGAUCAGAGAUUUCAAAUAAAGUAAAAUAAGUGUGAACCGCUAAGUAAAAAAACUAACAAUUUUAGAUGGCUAUGUUAGUUCUCAAACUCUUCAUUUAAAUUGAUUUACUGGGUCUUUAUCUUAAGUGUUUUUUAACAUUUACUAUCAUUCAUGUAUAAUUUCCUCAUCAGGUGCAAAAUGACUUGACAUAAUAUUUUCAUAGAUUAGAAUUGUGUUCAUCAAGUCAAAAUGGGCUUUACAUAUGUAUACAAGUGUCUUUAACCUUUCUGGGAGAUAUGUACUGGUAAUUACUAUUCUUAUAUGCCUUUUAAAACCUGGAAACUAUGAAGUCAAUACAUUAGUCUUGAACUUUACGCAGAAUUUACAUAAAAUGCCAUGGUUAAACUUCUGGAAGUGUCAUUAUUUGUACAUUUAUUCAACAUUCACAAAGACUAUAAAUGCCAAUGAAACAAGAAUUAAUAUACUAGAUUUAACUAAAGCUCAGUUUUUAUGAAGUUCAUCUAAUCAGUGAACAUUGCAUGACAAAGGUCUGUUUUAUUUUACACUUAAUUUUUUGCUACUGAGGAAAAAAAAAUCACAAUAGGAUCCUAACAUGUAUUUUCUAUUUCACUUGCAUAAUUGUAAUAGACAAGAGGGCAAUCAGCCAGAAUACUAUUUAGUCCCUGUUGAAAUUAUGUAGAGAAAUCGUGGUAUAUUUCAUCUUGAAUAUCAGAAUAUUUUACAUCUUUCAAAGAACGAUGAUUUAUUUUUAAUGAUCAGAUAGUUUAAGCGACUUUCUCCUAAAAGGGAAAUUGAGGACAAAAAUUCUGGACAAAACUCUUUUGUGUAUUUCAGGUCCAAUUCUGCAAGUCUUUAAGUGUAGCAAUUAUUCAGUCUUAAGAAUCAUGGCUUUAAAAAUCACAAUUUCCAAAUCAAGUGCAGCAUCAAAAGUAUAUAAUUUUUUUUUUUAAGUAGGGCUUAAAUGUCAGAAAAUGAGAUGUGUGAUCCUGGGCAAAUUUUGUCUUCUUGUACUUCAGUUCCUGCUCCUCAGAAAUCAAGGAGGAGUGGGACCGACUUACACUAGAGUGUGUCUGUCACUCCUUCCCAGUUUGAAUAUUCUGUGGCAUUAUGUCAAUGACACUUUAUAUAAUGCCAGGAAAUGAGUUACAGCAAAAUUCAUGCCAAAGUUAUGCAAUUCAUGAUAAAAAUUGUAUGACAUGGAUUGAAUUCUUGCUACUACUUAAAAGAAUUUUGUAGAUGUAUGAAAGCAGAUUUGUUUUAUUACCAAAUAUUAUUUAUUCAACAAAUACAUUUCUGGAAACAAAAUGAAGAUGUUAAUUAAGGGUAAAAUUUUUUCAAUAUUGGUAUAGCCCCAAAUAAUGUAAUGCAUACCUUUGCACUAAAUGUAAUUUACUUUGGAUUUGGCAUGGAGGGAAAAGAGUUUCCUAAAAUCACAAUACAUCUUAAUAAUUCUAGUGCAUUUUGAAAGAUGGAAAUCAUGUUUCAAUGAAGGUGAAAAUUAUUGGAUAACUGUCUUAGGAAUAAAAACUUCUAAUUUGCUUGUUUUUUGUGGACACCUUUAGAGAUGAAGAGAUAGCAAGACAUUGGAGAGAGAUGUUCACAGACACUCAGCAAAUCCUACACAGGGUCUGAAAAGAGAUGAUUAUAGUGUUACGUAUGGCUUAAGGAGUGGAAAAGUUACUUUUUGAUUUCUUGGAAUCAGCACAAACUCCUUGAUAUCACAUACACAUUCCAAUGUCCACAUCCAAAGUCAAUUACUAGUUUAGAAAUCUAAGAUAUUUUAUCACAUUUUCAAGUUCUUUUUCAGAAGAAACUUCCUUCAGUCUUCAUCUUCUAUCCACCUACUUAGGACACAGAAGGUAUCUAAAUAUGCAUUUGAGGGCAUUUUCUGCAAUGCUAAAACAAUGGUUUGCAAAUGUUAACUGGGUGACUGAACUUUGACCAGAGAGAAUAAAAUGUGUGAUUGUG